CACAGUGAGGAGCCGCCAUUUUGUGAAAGGGCCCAACCCACUUGUUUCCGUACCGCUGCCUGAUUGGCUUAGCCAGCUUUGUUUUUAAACCCCUGUCAUCUUCUCAUUCCUCCCUCUGAUUGGCUGCCUGCUUCCAGACCGGGAAGGUCUCACGUGUAGGCAAUGUUUAUGUUUCUCUAGAGCCGUGCUGGGUGUUUGCCCACGUGCUGGCACCGGGGGCUGCUGGUGGCCUCUGAGAAGUAGCCGGUAUCGGCGCCAUGCAAUCUGGCAAGGCCGGUUCCAGCGGCACUGCCGCAGAGCAGGACAGAACUCAGCUGCCAAGAAGGCGGGGCCUCGGGAGAAAAGGUGCUACGAAAGGGCAGCCAAAAAGGGUAAAAUGCUGCUCAGCAGUGGGGAGCAAGGAGGAAAAAGUGUGAGAAACCGCUGUGCAAAGUGUAAGGUUAAACAUAGACUUAGGAAUGCCAUCCUGAGAUUUUUCCUGAGUCUGGGUAUUUGUGAGUGGCAGCAAGUGCGGGAGGAUAUGGAUUGGUAUCUAGAGCAGUGGAUAACUCCAGUGUUUUUGAAAUUCACCCCUGAACAACUGGAAAUUCCUAAAAAACUGGUAGAACACUUGAAAAAGGGAUGUCAUGACUCUGGCAAUUCCAAAGAGACACAAUUCGCUGUAGCGUGCCAUGGUCUGGCCUAUGCCUGUCGAGCUUCAAUCGAUGCUACUAUAACUCUAGUGACAGACCCUGUGGCCACUCCAAGUCCUGAGACAGGCCCGAUGGCCCCUGCAGCCCCUGCAGCCACUCCAACCCCUACAAUGGACCCUGCGGCCACUGCAGUCCCUGCAGUCACUCCAACCUCUGCAGCCACGUCAGCCCCUGUGGCCUCUCCAGCUCCUGUGGCUACUCCAGCCCCUGCAGCUUCUCCAGCCCCUGUGGCUACUGCAGCCCCUGUGGUUUCUUCAGCCCCUGCGGUCUUUCCAGCUCCCAUGGCUUCUCCAGCUCCUGUGGCCUCUCCAGCUCCUGUGGCCACUCCAGCUCCUGCGGCCAGUCCAACCCCUGUGAUUGGCCCAGCGGUGGUUCCAGCUCCUGUGACAAGCCCAGCAGUCAUUCCAGCCCCUGUGGCAGGUCUUGUGGCUGGGUCAGAGAAAUGAACUGUAGCAGUGCAAACUGCCCCUGUAGACAUGGUGAAAAAAGUGGUAUAGAGAGUCAAAUUGUUUCGAAUGCAGAGAAACUCCUGCUAAGACUAAGUAUAGAAAAGACAAGGCCGGACCAUCAGAGGAACAGGAGGAUGAAGAUGAAUAUGUCAAAUAAGCAACAGUAACUACCCAAAACCCAUACCGGUGUGAGCUACGAGAUGUGCGAAAAGAUUUUGGUCGCUGUAUAGGUGAGCAGCUUGUCAGCUGGCUGCUCCGGUGCUGGGACACUGGAGCCAGUUGUCUGGAAUUAGAGGGUACGGAAGCCAGGCGGCUGGGAUCCCUUGCUAGAGAUGCAGACAUUGACAAAGCAGUUGAAGAUGGAGCACCACCUUUCAGCCUCUGGAGGCGCCUCCUGUCAGCUGUGAAGGAAAGAUACCCCUUCAAGGAAGAACUCCUAUGUCUACCAGGCAAGUGGACCACUAUGGAGAAGGGAAUCCAGUACCUGAGAGAAUGAGCCAUACGAGAGGUGAUUUAUAGGGACCUAGACAAUGAACAAAUACCCACAGAUUCAGAUGAAGUCCAGUGUACACGACCCACGUGGCAGAAGCUUGUACAGAGUGCACCAUCAUCAUAUGCCAGCUCAUUGGCAGUAAUGGCCUGGGAAGAACAUGAGGAACCCACAGUGGAUGAAGUGACUGAGCAACUCUGGCAGUACAAAGAAAGUCUCUCCUCUUUCCUACACACCUGCAUCUCAGCUGUGGAGAAACUUUCUGAAAAGUUUUACCAACUUAAAGAGAAUUUAUUCUCCUCCCCACCUGUACAAAGCAGUCUCCACCAACUAAAAGAGAAUACUUUGGAGAAAUUUUCUGAAGAGGUCCACCAAUUUAAAGAGAGUUUAUUUUCCUCCCCACCUGUACAAACCAGUGUCAGCUAUCAGGGGUAAGCAUCCGUCCAUGCAAGGAAGACGAUAAAGCGUGUACACACCCCUUGCCCCCCUGUGGUUUUACCUACGUGACCAUGGAGAGGACAUGAGAAAAUGGGAUAGAAAAUCUACCUCAACCCUAGACGCACAGGUAUGUGAGUUGCAAAGAAAAAUAACUGGGAUAAAGGGGUUCUCUGAGAAGCUUGCCGCUCCAACUUCCAGCAGUCAGUCCUUCAGACACGGAAAUGAAGAUUCUGACCAGGAUUAGAGAGGCCCUGCAUCCAGCCAGGGGGUGGAAAGGGACAAUCAAGUUUAUUGGACUGUGUAGAUUCUAUGGCCUGGCACGUCAGACGCACAGAAGUAUAAGGCUUUAGUAGACACCGGUGCACAGUGUACUGUAAUGCCCUCAAGCUAUAAAGGGCCAGAAGCCAUCUGUAUUUAUGGGGUGAUGGGUGGAUCCCAGCAGUUAACUGUACUGGAGGCUGAGGUGAGGAAUAACUGGGAAUAACUGGCAAAAGCACUGUAUUGUGACUAGUCUGGAUGCUCCAUGCAUCCUUGGCAUAGACUAUCUCAGAAGAGGGUAUUUCAAGGACCCAAAAGGGUUCCGGUGGGAUUUUGGCAUAGCUGCCUUAGAGACAGAGGACAUUAAACAGUUGUCUACCUUGCCUGGUC